AUGUCGCUGUACUAUGAGGCAGCAACCAUUCUGGAGAAUGCCGACAAUGUUGGCGGCUCGCUCACCUCCAGGAUAUACGGGAAGAAAGGGCUGAAGAGCAAACCUACUGCCAUCUACGCCCUGGUCACUGAGGCCACCAAGUGGUCUGCCGUCCUAAAAGAUGUUGUCGAGAAGAGCGGUAUCUUAAAGUUGGAGAAAAAGCUCACACCUCUCCUUGCCGUUCUUCUUACCCAUGAUCUUCUUAUCUCAAAAGGCGGCGUGGCGGCACCAGCGAACCACCCGCUGAAGCUCGCCAUCACCAGACAUAAAGCCCGUCUGAGCGCCGAAUUCACCAAGCUACGCGUAAAGCGCGGCUUCAGCACGCUCGACGCCUUCCGGCAGCACAUCAACGCCUGCGCCGAAUCUGGCAUCAGCGCCAACAGCGACGCCUCCUCCGCCGCCCCCAGCACCAUCACCGAGCACCCCCGCUGGGUACGAGUGAACGCAGUACGCACGACGCUGGACGCCCAGCUCCGCACGACCUUCGCCGACUACACGCGCAAGGACGCGCUCGUAGAUGUCAUGGCGGCGCCCGCGUCGGCCAAGGUGCUCCACAUCGACGCGCACAUCCCGAACCUGCUAGCGCUGCCGCCGCGCGCCGACCUCUCGCGCGUCAAGGCCUACCAAGCCGGCGAGCUGAUCAUCCAAGACAAGGCGUCAUGUUUUCCAGCCUACCUACUAAACGUGCAACCCGGCGACGGCGACGCCAUCGACGGCUGCGCGGCACCCGGCAACAAGACGACGCAUCUGGCCGCCAUCGUUGCGGAGAACAACAAGAUAGUCGCCGCCGGGGGAGAAAAGAAGAAGACGCCGAAGCAACGCAUCAUCGCCUGCGAGCGCGACAAGCGCCGCUCGGGCAUCCUGGAGAAGAUGGUCAACCUGGCUGGAGCGAGCAGCCUAGUUACCGUCAAACAGCGCCAGGACUUCCUCAACCUCGACCCGCACAGCCCCGAGCUCGCCUCCGUCGGCGCCAUCCUCCUCGACCCCAGCUGCUCCGGCAGCGGCAUCGUCAGCCGCGACGACGACGUCAAGCUCGUCCUGCCCAGCGCCGCCCCUGCCCCCCAACCAUCCACCACCGGCAACGCCACCCGCGGCAAGAAGCGCAAGCGCAAGGGCACCGCCGCCACCAACCCCUCCGCUUCCCCCCAAGAACCGGCCCCGGCCACCCUCCCCCUCACCGAACAAGAAACCGAAGACACGGACAACAAAACCGACGACCUCUCCGCCCGCCUCACCUCCCUCUCCUCCUUCCAACUCAAGCUCCUCACCCGCGCCAUGGCUUUUCCAGCGGCGCGCAAGAUAUCGUAUUCGACCUGCAGCAUCCACGCGCAGGAAAACGAGCACGUCGUCCUGCGCGCGCUGGCGUCGGGCGUCGCCCGCGCGCGGGGGUGGCGCGUUUUGCGGAGGGACGAGCAGGUGGAGGGGAUGAGGCGCUGGAAUGUGCGGGGGGAGAGGGGGGCGUGUGAGGGUGUCGAAGGGGUGGAUUUGGCGGAGUUAGCGCGGAGGUUCGGGAUGGAGGGGGAAGAGGAGGUGAAGGAGGUUGUGAGGGAGGCGUGUGUGAGGGGGGAGAAAGGGACGGGGGAGGGGACGAUGGGUUUUUUUGUGGCGGGGUUUGUGAGGGAGGGGGAGGAUGAUGGGGAUUAUGAUGGGGUGGGGGAUGGUGGUGAAGUAGGAGAGGAUGAGGAUGAGGAUGAGUGGGGCGGGUUUAGUGAUUGA